CCCAAGUGAAGCGUGUCCUUUUGCUCCAUAAAUGAAACAUAGAACUGCGUGCGUGUACCGUCGUUCGUCGUCACCUGGGCCGUACCCCUAGGGAACGGGGAAUCGUACUUCUGAGCUUGUCCUUGGUACACAAACACCACCACCAGCGCAGCGCUUCGGUUGGGUGGUUGCCGUGGGUGAUCCUUGCAUUCGCGCCCGAAGGGAUUCCUCGCCUGCUAGGAUCAGUCGCGCUAGGUCCGUCGUGGCGACGCGAACUUUUUUUGCUAUCGUUAUUUUUCAUCAAAAACAAAAACGAGGAACCGUGGGAAACGAUGCCGACUUUCCGGAAAGCGGGCAAAAAAUCAACCAGUUACGAACUGCUGAACAACAAUGUGGACUACGGAACUCGGAAGGUCGAUCGGAUGCCCGCGGCUUACUGCGAUCGGGCCAGCCCGUACCGCGAUCGGGUGGAUUUCGGUGACCGGACUAAACGGGUGUGUCGCAGCAAUUCCGGAACGGUUACGCCCUUUUAUCUGUGCGCGUGUAAAGUGAUUUUCGUGGGCGAUGUGGCGACAGGGAAAAGUUCGCUGGUCAAUCGGUUUUGUCACGAGAUUUUCGAUGCGGAGUAUCGCGGCACGAUCGGAGUGGACUUCGAGGUGGAGAAGUUUCAGGUUUUAGGGCAUUCGUACAGUUUGCAAAUAUGGGACACAGCAGGCCACGAGCGUUUCAAGUGCAUUAGCCAGGCGUACUAUCGCAAUGCAAACGUGGUAGUCGUAGUGUUCGAUCUUACCAGAGCCGAAUCGUUGUUGAACGCCCGAAGGUGGUUGGACGAGGCGUUGAAGGUCAACCAUCCGGGAGUUUUGAAAUUCUUGGUUGGGACUAAAAAGGAUUUGCUGGGUAACGAGUCGACGUGCCUCACCGAUGUGGAAAAAGAAGCCAUGACCAUGUCCAGUGAUCUACAUGCCGAGUUUUGGUCCGUAUCGGCACAAACGGGGGAGAAUGUCACAAAACUUUUCCAAAGACUGACUGCCUUGGCCUUCGAUACGGCCGUACAGCGACUCAUGGAACCGAACAAUCCGGUGGUGCAUCCGGGUGGAAAUAGUCUUCUCAAUCUCUACUUUCUCAAAAAGGACGAAAAGGACAAAAAGCUGAAAAGAUGUUCCUUCUGUAAAAUAAACUGACUUGUUAAUCAUA